AUGAAGCAGUAUGUGCGUGCCGCCCACUGCCCUCAGGUCUUCGGCAUAGAGGACGAUCGGUGCCGAAAGCUGCCGAAGGUGGGAUGGGAGCCCAUCACAUUUAGUGAAGAAGAGGAGGAGGGGAUCAUCUACCCCCACGACAACCCAAUGAUCAUUCGGGCCGAGAUCGCCGACUACGAUGUGGGUCGGGUGCUGAUUGACACCGGAAGCUCGGUGAACGUGAUCUUUGCCGAUGCGUUCAAGGGACUGGGGAUUGCCGACAGCAUGGUCAAUCGGCAAAUCACGCAUCUCCUCAGUUUUUCUGGAGAUCUGGUCCAACCGGUCGGUAGCAUCAGUCUGCCCAUCGCCUUCGGCGUCGCCCCUAGGAAAACCAUGACCUACGAUCAAUUCCUCAUUGUUGACUGCCCAACGGCAUACAACGUCAUCAUACGCACGGAUCGUAUUGCUGAUGAAGUUCCCGACACGCAACGGUACCGGAGCCAUCCGGGGCGAUCAGCUCAGCGCACGGACGUGCUAUGCCACGACCCUUAA